GUGGCUGAAAUAACCACUGUCCUCAGAAGACUGAUUUUUAAGAACAAAGAGGACUCUACCCACUGGAGCCCAAGCAGACUCCUAUCCACCAUGGCUGCCAUCCGGCUUCGAGAAUUUAUUGACUGCCACCCAGUGAUCCUAUCUAGUGUAUUCAUCGCUCAUCAAGGAAAGGACAUCCAAGGAUAUUACCCCGGGCAGCUGGCAAGAGUCCACUUUGAUUCUAGUGCGAAGAGACCUCCCAGACCUCUCAUAGACUUGACAAUUCCACCCAAGAGAAAAAGCCAGUAUCAGCCUCAAUUAGACCAACAAACUCUCAUUCGAUACAUUUGUUUUCGAAGACAUUCAAGGCCCGCUGAACCAUGGUAUAAAGAAACCACCUACCAAAGGGACUAUUCUCUGCCAUUUUACAAGAUUGAUUGGAACAAGAAAUUAGCCACAGUUUCAUCGAACCCUAGACCACUCGAUUCUCUGCCAGAGCUCUACUGUUGUCAAGAGGCAGUUGUGAAUGAAAACCGCUUAAGUUGUAAAUAACCAUGGCAUUCAAACAAAACAACAUUUGGAGUUCUUA